UCCAGGAGCCCCCGGGGCCGUCGGUCUUGUCUUGGCUCUGAAAGUGAAAACAAACUUCGUUGCUGCCCGUUUCAGUGGGGAAACCGCGUGUUUCGUUUCCCUUUUGUUUCCGCAGGAGAGUCGCUGCCGCCGCUGCUGGGAGACAGGAAGGUUUUUCCCCUCCAGCCUGAAUUCCUGAUCCUGCCUUGAGACGCUCAUUCCGCCUCUGCUCUGCCAUGUGGGGCUGCGAGGAGGAGGGGAUUUCUUGGUGAAGCCCUUUCUGCAAGAAGAGAGGCAUGGAGGAAGCUGGGGCUGGGGGCAAGGAGGAGGAGGAGGAGGAGAAGGAGCCCAAGGGGAGCCCAAGGCCCCCCAAGGGCGGAGCGGAGGCGCCCUGGGCAAGCCGGGCCGCCAUGGACCACUCCUUGCGCUCCCAGGGGCUGCACCGCAAGGCAGUGGCUAAGGACGGGUCCUGCCUCUUCCGAGCCGUCGCCGAGCAGGUUUUCCACUCUCAGUCUCAGCAUCUUGACAUUCGGAUGGCCUGUAUAAACUAUCUGAAGAAGAACCGAGAGCAGUUUGAAGCUUUUAUAGAGGGAUCGUUUGAAGAAUAUUUGAAGAAUCUAGAAAAUCCACAGGAAUGGGUUGGACAAGUGGAAAUAAGUGCCCUUUCUCUAAUGUACAAAAAAGAUUUUAUAAUAUAUCAGGAACCAAAUACCACUCCUUCGCAUGUAACUCAAAAUGGCUUUCCUGACAAGGUACUGCUGUGUUUUUCAAAUGGCAGUCAUUAUGAUAUUGCCUAUCCUGUACAAUAUACAGUUCAUGCCGCCCUUUGCCAAUCUAUUCUCUAUGAAUUACUGUAUGAGAAAGUAUUUGAGAUCGACAUGAGUAACAUACUAGAAGAACUUUGCUCUCCUGCUGGGACAAAGGAUGUCGGCGGGAACAGUGAAGCAUCCGAAUCAGAGGAUGAAGAUGCAGAAAGUGAAUUGGAUGCAACAAGUCAUGCAAAUGGGAUGAAGCCACUUGUGGGGAAGAAGCAUGCUAACAAAGACAGGAAAGCAAACUCCAUUGCCUUGCCUAGGAACGUUCUUAGGGCACUCAACCCAUCCAUUUACCAAAACAUUGAAUAUGAAGACUGGCGGCAGUCAAAACGAGAUCAGCAAAAACAAGAUUUUUCCAUUGCUGCUGGUAUGCAGUACUCAGUUGGGGAUAAAUGUAAAGUACGGUUAGAACAUAAUGGAAGGUUUUAUAACGCUCACAUCCAAGAAGUCCAGUCAGCAAGCGGGCCAGUAGUUGUCUUUGUGGAAGAGCUUGGUGUUAAGUACUCGGUGUCUCUGAAGAACCUUAAACCACUUCCUCAGACACCUCCUGUCGAAAACUGGAAUGUUGUUGCAGGGAAGAAGAUGAAAAAACUGUCUCCAGUGCAUGGGCAGAACAACCAGAUGGAUGCAGACUACAAAGGAUCAAGGAAUCCAAACAGGCCAAUCAAACCCGUAUCAGCUCUGCCUCCUCGACUCCAGGGGUCAAGACAGCAUCACCUGUCCUCUCUCAGCAUGCAGUCCCAGCAGUCUUCUCAUGAGCGGAAAACUCCAGACAGAAAUCCCUCCCAGUAUGUUAGAAAGCCUGAAAGAGUACGUUCAGAGAGAACUGAAGACUCUACAAAUAGGGACGGUAGCUAUUGGGGCCUUUCUCCAGAGGAACAUAAAGAGAAACAGGCUGCAGAAGAAAUGUCCUCACUUCAUGAAAUUCAGUUCCAGGAUGAAGAAGCCUUUCCUGCCCUUUCGAACUCAUCCAUGUCUCAAGUAGCUCCUCAGACUACUAAAGACUCUACAUGGAGAAAAUCCCAAGUUCCUAAUGGGCGGAGAACCAGCAGUCUGGAAAAAGAAAAGGAGGUGGGACAGUACACUGAAGCAAAGGAAGAAAAAGAGUCUAAACCCAGACAGAUCCCCUUAGAGCAGAAGGUUGAAUCAAAAAUAUCAAAGAUCAAUGGGGAAAAUGUUGAAGAUGCAGGUGCAUCUCCUCUCUCUAGUCAGGAAGAUUCACAGUCUCCAUCUCUUGAACAGGAGCACUUGCCGGGCGCGACUCCUCCCCUACCUUCAGCCUUUCCAGAAAUGCAUUUGCCUCCUACAGUGCCUUCUAUACCAACCAUUGUGCCAUCUUGGCAAAGUGAAUCAACGACUUGUGGAGUAGCAGGUGUUUUGCCUCAAACAUCUCUGCCAUCAGUGAUACCAACUCCACCCACUGGACUAGAUUCCACUCUGCCCCCAGUUCAUGUGGCCUCCAGCCCAGUUGGUGGGAUUCCAGUACCACUUCAAGCAGUUAACCAGCCAUUAAUGCCUAUGCCUCAAACACUGAAUCCUUACCAGGACCCACUGUAUCCUGGGUUCCCACUGAACGAAAAGGGUGAACGAGUGAUGGUCCCUCCCUUCUCCGUGUGCUGCACAGGGGAGGAUCUCCCAAAUGAUAAAAAUAUCCUCAGAUUUUUCUUCAAUCUUGGUGUAAAGGCAUAUAGUUGUCCCAUGUGGGUCCCACACUCGUAUUUGUACCCUCUACAUCAGGCUUACAUAACUGCCUGCAGAAUGUAUACAAAAGUGCCAAUGGCAGUGUAUUCUCACAACCCUUGGAUGCAAGAGUUACCUUUGGCUCAGAAUGGGAAUGAAGCUUCACGCAUGGAGGGAUACUUUCCAUUGCAGGGUGAAGUGGGAAUAAAUGGCCAGAGUUCACAAACUGAUACCCUGUCUCCACCUAUGCCCAUCUUCAUACCUACUGCUCAAGUGCCUGAAAGCCAUGGACUUGUCUGUGUAGAGUCUGAGAAUCCCACACAUCCACUGCAUGUUGAAUACGAUGAGUCAUUAGGAGGCAAAAACAUAUUCCCAGAGACUCCAUUUGGCCAGAAUCCAUUUUUAGGACCUGUUCCAGUCUUCCCACCUGUUUGGUGUGGGUAUCCUGUUCAGGGCUACGUUGAAAACUCUGCGGUGAGACAAGUUGCUGUACCAUCUCAAGAGAAGAGAGGUGAUGCUUUUCCUGAAGAGCACAGUUCUCCAAUUCCAGAGGCAGGUGACAAACCCCUUCCAAAAUCUAAGGAUGAAAGCAGUGCCCAGAGCCCACAUCUCCCUGAAAGGGUUGCAAAGAAUGAACGUAAUGCCGCAAGUAAAACCUCAGCUACAGUGCCUAGGGAGCAGCAAACUUCUGCUAUUCCAUCUUUCACACAAGCAAAAGCUGUACUCCAAAAGUAUUCCACUGGAACUCAGGAGAGCAAGAGGCAAAUGGCAGCAUCUCCAAAAACCGAAUUGAAAAGUGUGGCUCUUGACUGUAAAGAAAAGACUAACAUAGCCAGUGUUGCUGCUAAUGUGUCAACUGACUUGGAGGAAAAUAGGGUACCAAAGUCAAGGGAAGAGAGUUCUGAAGAUGAAUGUGAAGUAUCUGAUAUGCUUAAAAGUGGUCGCUCAAAACAAUUUUAUAAUCGAACUUUAGGGGGUGGAAGAAGACCUAGAAGUGAAUGGAGAUACCCUUCUGGGAGGGGUGGAUACCAGUAUCCACGAAAUGAGGAAUCCUGGAAAGGUCCUCUUCCCAGAAACAGAGAGGAAGGCUCCCAGUAUCAUCGCUAUUUUAGAGGGAGGCCAUAUCGGCAUGACAGAAGAAGAUCAAAUAUGGGAGAUGGCCAUCGUGGACAGCCAUUGUCUUAAGAAAAUCCAGUACAAUUCAAGCUUAAUGAAUACCUGUGUCAACAGCUAAAGUAUUUCCAAAUGAAUGCUUUUUCUGCUUUUUAAAAAAGAUCAGAAUGUCCUUUUCUGAUGGCCCUAUGGAAAUAGAUCCUCCCAAGUAUAUAACAUAUCAGCAACUAAAAACACUAAAUUUGGUGUAUUAAAUUUUUGCAGGAUAUGUAGCUCUUGUAUUUUAAACUUAUUGAAAGUAGUGUUUUUGUUUUGAGACUUCCUUUUCCCCCCAAGUACACAGCUUCAGUGAUAACAUGCAGCAACUGAGUAUUAUAGAUGACCACGAGGAAUGUUGUACCAAACAGAAUGUAUAUUGUAGCAUACUAUAUUUUUUGUCCUGACCAUUCUUCUCCUAUGAACACUCCAAAUGUGUUGGCUUUCACAUAUGGAGGGCACCAGAUAGGGAGAAAAUGGUCUAAACACCCACCUUCCUGGAUUGAAGGUUAUUUUUGAUGUGCUUCCAAUCCAGAGGCCUUUCAUCUCAAAUAUUGUUGAAACUUGAAUGUAAGAUUGCCUCUUCCUACUUCAAUGAAGACAUCAAAUAUGGCAGUUUCCCAUCUUGUGUCUUAGAUGAUUUCUAAUAUUUUAUUCUUAAGGGUGUAGCUUUUCUAAAAUUUUCUAAAGCUUUUCCUGAACCAGUCAAAGCAAUUAAGAGUAUCUGUGUGGAAUGUGGGUAGGAUCUUCAGUUCGUUUUUCCAGUCUUAACACUGGCGUAAUGUUGCCUAUGCCAACUGUGUAUGUAAGACAAAAGUAGAUGCUGUGCAUUUCUGAAAGUUUUGGAACUGUUACAAUAGAACUUUUAAUAUACUUUUGCACUGACAAAUCCCUGAACGCUUUCUAUGGGAGAGAGAUGCAUGAAAGAGAUUUAAAUUCCAUAUUUUAAAAGCAAAGUUUAUGCAGUGAGCUAUUACACAUUUUUUUGUUAUUAAGAAUCUUGAUUGUACUGUUUGUAAAAAAAUUUGCGGAAAUGUUAAAAGAGUUUGAUGACAUAUCCUAGAGUGAAAAAUUAUUUAACUUUACUUUUCAACCAAUCUGGUUGGUUUUAUCUGUCCUAUAGAGUAUUGCAAUGUGCACUUCAUGUUUAUUUCUCUGUAAAACUGAAUGUGUAUAUUUGUAUAUAUAUAAUUGGUGUACAAAAAGGUGGUGGUUACCCUUUUGUGUGUCCAAAAGAUUGUAUAACUUUUUGAUCAGGAGCUUUGAGUGAGACUUUAUUUACUUCAGAUGCAUGCUAUACAAUUAAAAAUGUUUGUCCUUUUUAAAGUA